GAUGAGGGCAGCAGACUCAGAGGCUGCUGUUUCAAGAAGCGGAGCACAAAGGAGGCAGAGAAGUUCAAAUAAACCGGCUGUAACAACGUCAUAAAAGUGCCCGAAAUAGCAGAAAAUGGUCGAUGCUCCGUGGCCAAAGCUCGUCCCACGUAACCUGUUCACACACCAUGUGUAAUCUUUUAAAGCAGCUCUGCGGGUCGCCAGUAAAGUGUUGCUUAAUCCCACUCUGUGACCCCCCUGUAGUGAAGUGUUAGAGGAAGCAUAGGCUUAUAUAAACCUCUGGAAAUAAGCAGAUUCACAGAGGACAGCAGAAUAUAUCAGAGAGAAGAAUGGCUGCACAAACCUUCGCACUGCGGCUGCUGCUGGUGGGGACGCUGCUGGGGACACUGCUGGGGCAGGGCUGCUGCCAGCACUGGUCCUAUGGACUGAGUCCAGGAGGGAAGAGGGAACUGGACGGCCUCUCCGAGACACUGGGCAAUCAGAUAGUCGGGAGCUUCCCACACGUGGCGACGCCCUGCAGAGUUUUAGGUUGUGCAGAGGAAUCACCUUUCCCCAAAAUAUACAGAAUGAAAGGAUUCCUUGACGCAGUCACUGACAGGGAGAACGGACCCAGAACGUAUAAGAAAUGAUCUUUGAUUCUACAAUAAAUGAUUAUAUAAGCAUAUAA